UUUCACAAAGCUGACAGAUGGUUGCUCGUGUGAAGGUUGACAUCCAACCACACCGCCAUGACAACCACGCGCGAGGUCGCGAUGACCACGUCCUUGACCCCUGCCAACACCUCGGCCCAGGCCGCCGCCCACUUCCUGAACAGGUGCCAGGAGGAAAGCCGCGAGGCCAGGCGCGGCUACUACGUCACGCUCUGCAUCGCCGUCGUCAUCGUCACCAUCAUCGUCACCACCAUCGUCACCAACUUCAUCGUCGUGGUCGUGUUCGUCACGCGCGAGAACCGGAAGCGGAGCAAGAAUAUUUAUCUGGCCAACCUAUCUUUGAUCGACUUGAUCAUUGGCCUGAGCAUCAUGCCCAUCUGCAUGCUGAGCGUCCUCAACCGGAACUGGAACCUGCCUAACGUCGCCUGCAGGUUCCACCUGAUUGCGCUUCACUCCCUGGUCUUUGCAUCUCUGUUAGCCGUGCUACUAGUCAGCGUAGACAGAUGGUAUUCUAUAUGCUACCCCUUCACCUAUAGAGUCAAACCCACCGGUAGAAUAGCUCUGUACGCCGUCGUCGCUUCUUGGAUUUUCUCAUUCAUGCUCCAUAUCCCAUUCGUCGGAGUCUGGGAUUUGAUACUUCAUGAAAAAUGGGAAGAGAUGGACAACGGUUUGUGUUUAGCAUCGCGCCGGCAACAUCCGGCUGCCGUGUUUAUCCUUACCGGAUUAAAAUACAUCGUCCCCCACGUGACCAUGCUCCUGCUGAAAUGCAGCCUGUACCGGAAGAUCAAACAGAGGAAAAACGUCAACGUACGCCGGUCUAUCAGCAGCGUGGACACGGCGGCAUUUUGCCUGAUACGGGCCUCCAUGUCGGAGACGGCCAUGAACGCGUUGGCCGAAGCCGCGGAGAACAUCAACAGCGGUCCGCGUGUCCGCAUCAUGUGCCCGCCCCCCAUCGAGAGAAGAAAUACCAUGGAUCUCCUCCCUCCGGCGAAUAAUUCCGGACCCUCGCGAUCCGUCGGCAGCCGGAGCUGGUCCGGCUCCCCCGACCAGCGUCUCAGCUUCCCCGGACCCCCGACGCUCGUCCGGCGAAUGUCCUUACAGGACUGUCUCCUCUCGCAUAACAAACGCAACAGCCGCAGCCGGUAUUUCCCCAACGGAUUCGGCAACGAGAACCACAUCGACAACCGCAGGGCCACCAUCGGCGACCUGGCGAAGAACCUGCUGGACAAACAAGACUCCAAAGCCGCCUGGUUCCUCUCUCUUCUGCUCGCUAUCUCCAUGUCGUGUUGGACGCCCUGGACCGUGCUCAGCGUGUGUUACCAGUUUUUCAUAUUCCCCGACUGGCUCCAUGACGUGGCGCUCUGGAUCCUGCUCACCAACUCCACCGCCAACCCGUUCUUGUACGGGCUGCUGAACAAAGAUUUUAGAAAAGUCGUCUCAUCAUGGCUUCAGUUAAGGGGAAGUAAGAAAAAGCGCCUGAAAACGGCGCUGCGAAUGUUAAGCUGGCAAAUGGCAUGGGGGACUAUCGAUCUCGCGGAAGGGGAGAGAACUCCGGAAGCACGAUCUAGCCUUACGCCAUGUAAAGAAGGCGAAGAAUGCUAA